AUGGAAGAGUCGGUCUCUCAUGCAUUGUUUUACUGUCGGAGCAUUAGAAGAGUCUGGAAAGGUACGCAAUUUUAUCCUUACAUUUUUGCUAAUUCUUCAAAAAUAUUAUUUCAUGAUGUCGCUGAUAUGAUUUACACUUCUCUGACCAAAAAAGAUGUAGAGAUUUUUCUUUGUACUGCUUGGCUUGUCUGGUUUAACAGGAACAAAGCUCUAAAAGAUCAAGCUCACGACCCAGAUCAUGCGAUUCUCAGCUUGGCUCAAAGCUACCUAGAAGACUACCAUUCCUCCCAGCGGAUCCCUACAUCCUCCUCCCACCCUAGCCAGAUGUCAGCUCCUACUUCUUGGUCUCCUCCAGCUGCGGGUCUUCUCAAGCUAAAUGUGGAUGCAGCAGUAUCACAAGCCACCGGGAAAGCGGGCUUCGGAGGUAUCAUUAGAAACAGCGAUGGUCUGGUGGAAACAGAUUGCAAAGCCAUUACUGAUGCUCUGUCUAGCCAUAAAGAAGAUAUCUCGGUUUUUGGUGACAUUAUUAAACAAAUCAAGAAUACUUUAUCUCAGUUCCCUGCUGCUCGGCUCUCUCAUAUCAAUCGCGAGGCUAACACACUGGCUGAUAAGCUAGCUCACGGGGCUCUAGGGUUAGAUGAAGUAGCCAUUUAG